UAAGUUGACGAGUUGACGUGUGAAUUGUGUAUGUGUAUUUCAGUGUAUUUGAUAACAAAAUUUGCACAUUUUUCAAUUUUUAAACCUACCUACAUACAUUUCUGAUUUUUUAAAAUAAUGGUCAUUGGUUAAUGAAGCUUGAUUGAACAGUUCAUCAGUAAUGGACAAAACCCAAGUGGGAGAAAUAGCCAUAGAGGCCUCCGAGAUAGUGAGUAGGCUUGAACAAGUAGCAGAAGGAAUACCUUUGCCAGAAAGUACUCCAAGUCAGUCGACCGUAUUCCUAGGAUUGGAAAAAAAGCAUACCGACGAAAUCGUCAAAAUCAUCCACGGUCUCAUCAGCACUGACGAAGAUGGGGAACCGCUCAACUUCCCCCCAUUGGAUACUGUCACCAAGCUUGUCAUGGUGUCUCACAGUCUGGCAGCAUAUUGUGGGGGAUUGGAAAGGCCCAUUUUACAGAAAUUGAGUACGAGGUUCACCACAGAUACCACCAGAUGGAUCAGUCAACUGUUUGGAUUCCUGGAUUGUUCCGCCUUUUACCACGAAGACCAUCUUGAGGGUCUUGUGAGAGUGACAAGGAUGAUGUUACAUUACAAGUACCCGAGGUAUCUGGAAGAUGGCGCUUUGGCUUUGGCGAAUUCGUUACCAACGAUCUACAGUAGUGUAGCUAGUCCCUUGGGCAUGGUCCAACACCUUUGCAGGCAAUUAGGCCUACCUAUGGCCUGUGUCAGACCUGUUCCUGUCAACACUCAUUUCGGAUCCCAGUACACGAUGGACACUUCAGCGUUGCAUAAAAUGCUCUAUGAUGAUUCAACAUCCGGCAGGACUCCUCUGAUGGUCGUAGCCGAUGCGGGGACCCCUAUUACCGGUCACGUGGACAAUGUCUCGCGAAUCAGGGAGUUGUGCAAGGUGCACAAUGCCUGGUUGCACGUCAGAGGGCACAGUUUGGCAGCGUUGGCCCUAUCUAGUCAGCAGAGGAAUGGACCGGUAGCACCUGUAGCAGACAGCUUUACUUUGACUAUUGGCAGUUGGCUGGGUGUUCCUGGUUUGCCCAUGGUCACCCUCUACAAACUGUGGGACCCCUCUACAAAUCCCAGUCGCAGCAAACAAGUGGGGGCGAGCAGGGAGAGCACAUUGCCCUUUUUAGCCGGCUUGAACACCGACCAUCAGGGUAGACGAGUCCUAUCUCUACCCCUGUGGGCGGGCCUGCAGGGGUUGGCUCUGGAGGGGGUGCAUUCGAGAGUUAGGGAGGACUUUUUGGCCAGCGAGCGGUUGUGGGGGGCGCUGAACGCGUUCAGACACGUCCGGAUCUUGAGUCCCAAACCAGGCGGAGAAAGUGGUGCAUAUACAGUGUCAGAAUUGAUUUCGAAACCAUCAACAAUACCUCUAUUGUUCGAAUCGACGGCAAGUUGCGUCGUUUUCCAAUUCACCCCCGAAUCCAACGGGGGUGAGUACCAGUCGAAAGUACCUCCCUACUACGACAAACUGAACUCGUGGCUGGGGCAGAUCUUGCAGCUGGACGCUCCCCAAGUGCCUGUGGAUAUCUGCGAGCUGGAGAACGUCGGAGUCGUGUUAAGGUUCUGUCCGUUCGAGAACGCUGUCGGGCUACAACCGACCAACGAGGAGAUCCAAGCUUUCGUGCAGUGCCUGGAACAGCAACUGGUCAUCCUGAGAGCGACUAUUCAUCAUCGAGAGACGUUCGAUAAGUUGGUCGAAGCUUCUCCUGUACUGAAAAUCGUCGAUUUACCGGAUUGGGCAGGAAUGGGAGGAGUGAGAUACAUCCCAGAGGGAUGGGAACAACUCCUGACGGACCAAGCCAAGGAAGAGCUUAACAAUCUCAACAUGGCGCUCGUGGAUUCGCUCAGAUCAACAGACUCUGCAUUUUCACUAGGAGAAGACGCUGAUGGCCUGAUGUGUGUGAGGUUCGGAAUGUUGACUCCGCAAUCAGAUGUGGAAGAGCUGCUCAACUUGGUGGUGCGAGUUGGACAGUCAGUCGAAGAAAACUCCAGAGUCCUCGAUUCCAUGAGCGAGAUCGUUAAAAAAGGAAUAGAAACCGCCACUCUCGACCUCCAGAAAGAAAACGACGAAAAGUUGUGGCAAGAAGGGCUCAUCAGACACGUGCCGAUAGUCGGCUCGUUCGUCAACUGGUGGUCACCAAAAACCAAAGAAACUGGCAUCAGAGGAAGGAGCUUGAACCUCACCCAAGGCGUGGUGGAGUCGACAGAAAACACCUACAAGUACCACAUGCAAGUGCAGUCUGGACAAAUUUCCGCCGGCGCUAAAACACCACCGACACCUCAGAUUCAGACUCCCAUAGGUCAUUCCAGGUCGAAUAGCCACGCUUCGGCUUCUAGUCAGCAGUUGUCGAAUGUGAAGAGUGAAAGUGACAUUAAUAAAGUUUCUGUAAGUUUGGAAAAAUUGAAGAUUCAGGAGAAAGAGGAGGUAGAGAGUGUGAAUUCGUAAAGGCUCGAAAUUGUGUAUUGUUUGGACGAUUGUGAUGUGGGUUCACUGAAUAAUUCGGUAAAUGAAAAACCUUGAAUACAGGGGCAAGUCAAACACUUUUCAAAAGUUAUACAAUUUUCUUGAUAUAUUUAUAGUUGAUCUUGUGGUGGUCAUUUACUGAAUUUUUUCAUCAGAAUCUGUUACAUUUGAUGUCUGAGGGGACAAUUAUUAUGGAAACGAGGCUGUAAUGUUUUAUUUAUUGUGUUAUAUCGACCAGAGGUGUAAAUAAUUCAUUUUUCAUACGUACUGUGAAUGUUGAAUGUGGUAUUAGCUGUUUUAAAAACAAAUUGUAGGUAUAUCAGUAUUUAGAACAUUGACUUUUAUUCACUUGUAUUUAUUUGUAUUCCACUGUGCAUAUAUAUUAUUGUUAUUUUUUGGCAUCUUUGCUGGUGUUCGAAUUAUCGCCAAAGAAGCUUGUAAAGCUUUGAAAUCUUCGAAGUUUGGAACUUUCGUUGGUUUUGAAUAAACAAUUUUGUCAUAAUUCCA